AGAGCUGUCUCUGCGCCCCGCGGGCUCCUCCCUUCCCGGCCCGGUUGACUCAGUGCUCAGGCAGCCGGGUCGGUUUUCGAGGGAGAGGCACCCGGGGAUGGGAGAAGCUGCUGGGCGGACACUGACACCCUCCCAGCUGCGAGGGGCGAGGAGGAGCCGGGAUGACGGAAGGGAGCGGAGCCGAAGGUAGCGCUGCCGGUGCCCGGCUAUGAUGCCCUUUGGUGGGAUGGCUGCUCGGCUUCAGAGGGACCGCUUGAGAGCCGAGGGAGUUGGUGAUCACAGCAACGCCGUCAAGUACUACAACCAGGACUAUGAGGCCCUCAAACAGGAGUGCAUUGAGAGUGGCAGACUCUUUAGGGACCCCCAGUUCCCAGCUGGCCCCUCUGCCCUUGGAUUCAAGGAGCUGGGGCCACACUCCAGCAAGACACGAGGGGUGGAGUGGAAGCGUCCAUCGGAACUAGUAGGUGACCCUCAAUUCAUCGUUGGUGGUGCAACCCGGACAGAUAUCUGCCAGGGGGCUCUGGGUGACUGCUGGCUGCUGGCUGCCAUUGGCUCCCUCACACUCAACGAGGAGCUCCUGCAUCGUGUAGUGCCUCAUGGACAGAGCUUCCAGGAGGACUAUGCUGGCAUCUUCCACUUUCAGAUCUGGCAGUUUGGUGAGUGGGUGGAUGUGGUGGUGGAUGACCUGCUGCCUACCAAGGAUGGGGAGCUCCUGUUUGUCCACUCGGCAGAAUGCACCGAGUUCUGGAGUGCUCUUCUGGAGAAGGCCUAUGCCAAGCUGAAUGGCUGCUACGAGGCGCUCUCGGGGGGCAGCACCACUGAGGGAUUUGAGGACUUCACUGGUGGUGUGGCAGAGAUGUAUGACCUCAAGCGACCACCACGCAACAUGGGCCACAUCAUCCGUAAGGCACUGGAGAGAGGGUCCCUGCUGGGCUGCUCCAUUGAUAUCACAAGUGCCUUUGACAUGGAAGCAGUGACCUUCAAGAAGCUGGUGAAAGGCCAUGCCUAUUCUGUCACAGCCUUUAGAGACGUGAAUUACCGGGGCCAGCAGGAGCAGCUCAUCCGCAUCAGGAACCCCUGGGGUCAGGUGGAGUGGACUGGAGCCUGGAGUGAUGGCUCCUCUGAGUGGGACAACAUUGACCCUGGAGAAAGGGAAGAGCUGCAGCUGAAGAUGGAGGAUGGAGAGUUUUGGAUGUCUUUCCGGGACUUCUUGAGAGAGUUCUCCAGGCUGGAGAUCUGCAACCUGACCCCCGAUGCCCUCACCAAGGACGAGCUCAGUAGGUGGCACACGCAGGUGUUUGAGGGCACUUGGCGCCGGGGGAGCACUGCUGGGGGCUGCAGGAAUCACCCAGCCACAUUCUGGAUCAACCCACAGUUUAAGAUCAAGCUUCUGGAAGAGGAUGACGAUCCCGGGGAUGAUGAGGUGGCCUGCAGCUUCCUGGUGGCUCUGAUGCAGAAGCACCGGCGGCGAGAGCGGCGGGUGGGAGGUGACAUGCACACCAUCGGCUUUGCUGUCUACGAGGUUCCUGAGGAGGCCCAGGGCAGCCAGAACGUGCACUUGAGGAAGGACUUCUUCCUGCGAAACCAGUCACGGGCACGGUCUGAGACCUUCAUCAACCUGCGGGAAGUGAGCAACCAGAUCCGGCUGCCCCCCGGCGAGUACAUCGUUGUGCCCUCCACCUUUGAGCCACACAAGGAGGCUGACUUCAUCCUGAGGGUCUUCACUGAGAAGCAAUCAGACACACAGGAGCUGGAUGAUGAGAUCUCAGCAGAUCUUGCAGAUGAGGAGGAAAUAACUGAGGAUGACAUAGAAGAUGGCUUCAAGAACAUGUUCCAGCAGCUGGCAGGGGAGGACAUGGAAAUCAGCGUCUUCGAGCUCCGGACUAUUCUGAACAGAGUCAUCUCCAGACACAAAGAUCUGAAGACAGAUGGGUUCAGCCUGGACUCCUGCCGCAACAUGGUCAACCUGAUGGAUAAAGAUGGCAGUGCCCGCCUUGGCCUGGUGGAGUUCCAGAUCUUGUGGAACAAGAUCCGAAGCUGGCUGACAAUCUUCCGCCAGCAUGACCUGGAUAAGUCAGGCACCAUGAGCUCCUACGAGAUGCGCAUGGCUCUGGAGUCAGCUGGUUUCAAGUUGAACAACAAGCUGCAUCAGGUCGUGGUGGCCCGCUAUGCAGAUGCUGACAUGGGUGUGGACUUCGACAACUUUGUCUGCUGCCUUGUGAAGCUGGAGGCCAUGUUUAGGUUCUUCCACAGCAUGGACCCCGAUGGCACCGGCACCGCUGUCAUGAACCUCACUGAGUGGCUGCUGCUGACAAUGUGUGGCUAGGAACCAUGACAGAUCUGCUGCAGCUGGGACACCCCGGUGGGCCAGGCCCCUUCAAGUGCCUCCCCUUGGAUCUGUGAACACAGGAUACUCUUCCUCCCUUGCUCCAUCCCACGCUGAGCCACCAGCCCUGCCUCCUGCCUGGCAAGCAUCAUGCCACCUUCUACAGUGGACCAGGGGUCAAGGCAGGCAGGGGAUGCCCUUCUCCUCUUCUGGGCUGCGCUUCUUUCCACUCCCUGCCUCCUCUGUCCCCACCCCAGAACAGGAGGAUGGCAAUCAGCACGGGGUACUUGUGCAUCCCUCCACUGAGCUUGUCAGGAGUGAAGGAUCAGGCUAGGGGCUGGCUGCAGAGCUGGGAGAAGGCAGGAGCUGCACAGGGUAGAGACAGGGGACUCGUAUCACUUCCUCUAGUUCUGCCCCAAACCUCCUGGCACGUGUUGCCUGUCUCUGCACCCGUGCCUGGGAGCACCAGCAGGUACUACCUUGCCCAGGCAGAGGCAAUGGGUUCCCAGGGAGCCCAGGUGGCCUUCUGGGGGGAGGAAGGGCCAUACUCUUCCUCUUGAAGCCCUUGCACUGCAUUCAUCAUCAUUAAACACGACCAAAGCGUGGAGCCCACUGGCUCUUUCUGCGUGGCCUUCAACACAUCCCUCCCACCUCCGUGCCCCGGCCUUUGCCCCCAUCAUUGUGUCAAGCCAUGCAACUUAAGCACGGAAUGUUCAGAGGAUGCCCUGCCACGUUCCACCCUGUAGUUCAGCAGAAGCUCCUCUCUUCCUUGUGGGCAUAGCAGUGCCAUCACUGUCACAGUAGCUUGACCUCCUCUCCCAUCCCUGAGAAAGCUGCUGCUUCUGCUUGUGGCCCACAGCACCCAAGAGACAGUGCCUUCUCCCAGAGAGAAGGAAGUAACAGUUUGGGAGUAUGUUCUCCUGCACACAAUUGGGUUUCCCCCCCUCCCUUUUCCAUCACCCUCCCACACUGACACUCUCCUUUUCCCCUGAGCUCCUUCACCCAGUGCAGAUGGGGUCCAGUGCCAACGUAUUUUGCACUUCUCUGUGCUCCUCCAUUCCCCUCACCUUCUUUUGGGGUAACGGGGUGGCUCCAGCUUAGCGGUGGGUGGUGGCCCGUCCUUUGCCCUGUAGAGGCAGGCAGUUAUCUUCCCCCAGAUCCCUAUCAUUGCUGGAGGACAAGCCUGCAGCAAUAACCCCUGCUGCCCUCCUGGCAGCUCCCCUUCCUCACCCCGCUCACUGCGCACUCCGGGAAUAAACUGAGAUCUGUUGGA